AUUUUAACACUUAUUUUUUUAUCGAAUGAAAUUAUAACUUUUUUGUCGAGUAAAAUACGUGUGGGUCCUAUUACUUUAUAUGAGACCAAUCUUUUAAAGUGAGGGACUCAAAUGUACUUUACCACCUGGUAAAAAAGAGUAAAGACACUUCUCUUCCUUAAACACUGAUGAAAAAGAAUAAAAAAUUAUUUUACAAAGAAUUCUUAUAUGGUAACCUAAUAAAAUUGAUGAAAUACAAUGUACAAGCAUUCAAAAUCUGAAAGUAGUAAAAAACAGAGAAUUUUUAUAAUACAUUUCUUAUAUCCUUGAUUGCAAGUGCUAUAAAUUCUUAAAUUGAAUUUUGUGGAGUUGUAAAUUGACAAUUUUUAGGGUUUUAAAGUGCAUAAUUUUAGUGUGCUGUAAUUUUGUGAGCAAAACAUGACUUGUUCUACUGAUAGCAUUGUUUUGAGUGAUGAUGAUAGAGAUGCAGUGAAGAGGCUUAGGCAUGUUGGAAGACAGCUAUCCAGAAAUUUGACUUGUUCAGUUGAUCAGCUUCUUCAAUUGCUUGAUAAAUUGGAGGUGGUAUUAUCAAACUUGGAACAUGAUCCUCCCAAGCCAAUUCAAGGAUCUCUUGUACUUCCAAUGAAGACACUCAUUUCGGAUCAACUUUUGAGACACGGUGACGAGGAUGUUAAGAUUUCUGUUACAGCUUGUCUCACUCAGAUUACGAGAAUAACAGCACCCAAUGCCCCUUAUGAUGAUGAACAGAUGAAGGAGUAUUUGAAGCUUGCCGUGGCAGCUUUUGAGAAAUUGUCACAGGUAUCUGGCCGCAGAUAUGAAAAAGCAGUUAGCAUACUUGAAAACUUUUCAAAGAUCAAAAUUUUCGUGAUUAUGCUGGACCUUGAGUGUGAUGACCUGGUUAUGGAGAUGUUUCAACAUUUCUUGAGAAUUAUAAGGUCAAACCAUCCAAGUAAUGUAAUUGAGUCAAUGGAGAAUGUAAUGACCGGGAUACUAGACGAAAGCGAAGAUAUUUCCAUGGAUCUUCUUAGGCCUUUGUUAGAUAGCGUAAGAAAGGCGAAUCAGACUAUUUCGCCUAUCGGUUGGACCUUGGCGGAGAAAGUAAUUACGAAUUGUGCUGUCAAACUUAAACCUUAUCUCAUGCAAGCAGUUGUAUCCUCUGGAAGAAUGCUCGACGAGUAUCCACAAAUCGUGACUUCUAUUUGCCAGAAUCAACCUGAAUCACAAAAACACAAUCAAUCAUUGAUUCAGGCAGUUGAUAACAAUCUUGAUGCACCUAAAGGUGCUCAUGAAGAACCCUCUGACGUGACAAAAGGGCUUGAAACAGAUAAUACUUGUGUGAGAGAUGGCCAACUUGAAGAUGACAUGGAGACAAAUAUACGAAGUAAUAGUGCUGCUACUAUGGAUGGAGACGUUGAUGAAAGUUCUGGUUCAAAAAGGAAACUGCAUUCAAGUACUAAGAAUUCCGAGAAAACAAAUCCGAAAGAGUUAGUUCAGGAAAUGAACUCUGAAACUCAACUGGAUAUUGUUCCAAGAAAGAGAGCACGGAAGCCUAAUUCUUUAAUGAAUCCAGAGGAAGGAUAUGAUCACUCUUGGAUUUGUAAGGAAUCAAGUAUUAGAAAAUCAUCUCAACCCAAAAGGGCUCGUGAUAAUGGCUAUGCUCUUGCACAUUCUAAAAACCCUACUUCCACAAAGGGUAAGGAACUGUCAAAUCCCAAAACUGUCGACCAAGCACUAUUUUCUGAGGUUAAGGAUGGAAAAGUAUCUAUAAAAACAUCGGAUAGAGGCAACAAUUUUCUAUCUUGUGAAAAUACUGCAUCUGUUGAGGGAACUGUAGUGUCAAAUCCUAAAGAUGUGAGCAAUGCUUGUGAAAAUAGUGCAUCUGUUAAGGGAAUUGUAGUGUCAAAUCCUAAAGAUGUGAGCAAUGUUUGUGAAGCUUUAGUUUCAAAAUCUAAAAAUGAUGAGAAUACAAAUGAUGAUUCUCCUAGAAAUCAUAACAUUCGUAAUGGAAGCUUCCUCAAAAGACGCCGGUCUAGGAAAAGUAUUAGCAUUAGGAAGUUAAAAGAUGAUAAUUUAAGUCCUUUACAAGAGAAGACUUCUUCAAAAUCCCCUGGUGUUAGCAUGGAAGAUAUAUCUAAAGUAAAGGAGUCUGAAGUGAAACAUGAGGCACCUGUUAGAACGAUUAAAUUGUCUAUAAAGUUUGAUGGGAAAGUUGUUGUGCCUCCUACACCAAUAGUUGCUAGCACGAAAUCCGAGAAUUUUUGUGAAGACGAGGGAAGAUCCUCUUCUCAAAUAAAAGUUAACAAAAGGAGGAAACAAACUGCUACUUCUGAUAAAGGUUUCAACAAAUCGUCUGCUAUGAAGGGACAUGAACCUAUAAAACUUGAUAGCUCCUUGGUUGGUAAAAGGAUCAAGAUCUGGUGGCCAUUGGACAAGAUGUAUUAUGAAGGUGUUGUCGAGACCUAUGAUCAUGUCAGAGGAAAGUACAAGAUUUUGUACGAUGAUGGUGUUACGGAACAGUUAAAUCUCAAUAAAGAGCGUUGGGAGUUGGUUAAUGUUUCACCAGAAGAAGGACUUGGACUUCAGAAGCUUGAAGAAACAUCUGAUAAAGCAGAAAAAAGCAUUGGAAAAUCAAAGGUGAUAAUCUCUGAAGGAUGAAUAAAUCAAUUCUCUAUCUAGGUAUGCUUUAGUUGAUGAUUCUAUAACAGCGAAAGAAUGAAGAAUGAUUCACCCAUCAAAAAGUAUAUUGACCUAUAGGGAAUGUGUCAAAGAAACAAAGACCUAUAGAAAAUGUGUUAGAAUGGAGAAUGUACAUCAUGUGCAUAUAUAUUGGAAUAUGUUGUUAGUUAUGGUAGCACAAUGUAAAUAUGUUGGAAAUAGAGAAAUUUCGAUGAAGAUAUAGAUUCUCUUUUUUUAUGAUGAAACUACAACCACUAUCAGGAUACUUUAUAUUCUUCUAAAAAUAAGAUUGGAUU